AUGGAGAUUGAUACCGUCAUCGUCGGUAAUGGGCCAUCGGCCAUGAUUCUUUCAUACAUCCUUCAUGGCCAUAUUCCUUUCUACUCAUCCGAUCCUCCGCAUCCCGAUCAUUUAUUGGACGCCAAAUUAAGAGCAGUACCGGAGAUCUUGAAUGCCGAUGUCGAGUCUCUUACGGCGCACUUUAACGCCUCACGUCUAUCAUAUUCGACUCAGGCCCUUCCGGUGAACGUCUUGUUAGACACACUUGUACGGCCAAGUGUUGAUGUCGACGAGCCGGGUAGUAUCUCAAAUAUUGAGUGGCGCUCUCAGCCUGAGAAGGCUGUGUCUCAUCUUGUUUUUGGAAAACCCACGAACCCUGGAGGUCAAUGGACAGAAGACCCCCUGGGUGCUAGCUGGGAUAUCCAGACGUUGAGCUAUGCGGCAAUGUUGUCCUUGCCAGGUUAUUCCUUUGCCAACCACCACAAGAAGACCACGGGCAAAGAUUUACCAUCAUACACGAGGCCUACGCGGCGUGAGAUUGCCAAUUACUUCUGUGCUUAUCCGGAGGCUGCUCGUAUCAAUGAUUCCUUUCGGUGCGGGGAAGAAGUGAAGGGCAUCACUCGUACCGCAAACGGCUUUUAUGUUCGUUCCCAUGAUCUUCACUGCAAACGCCUGGUCUUGGCAAGCGGGAUCUUUUCCGAAACCCUUCCACCAGAGCCAAUGUUACGCCCGUUACUUUCGACCAAACCUACGCCUAAUGUUCCCUUACUAGUCGUUGGAUCCGGCUUCUCCGCGGCCGAUUCCAUCAUUUCUGCCUCCCCCGACCAACGGAUUUUGCACAUAUAUAAGUGGUCCCCGAACGACCGUCCUUCGCCUCUUCGGGCCUGCCAUCAGCAAGCAUAUCCUGAGUAUGCCGGUGUCUAUCGUCUAAUGAAACGGGCCGUACUUGCAGCCGAAGCUGCAAGUAAAGAUCGGCGGCCAAAAUACCGACGCGCAACUUCAACACCAUUCCUUGAAAGUCGGGAUUGGGAGGGCCUUUACGAGGGCCACUCUAACGUUGAAAUAAAAUCUGUGGAAGUCCACGGCGAUUUAGCCACGGUCACAUUCCGCCGCCAGGAUGGAACAAUCUUCUCGAGGCCUGUCGGUGGUCUCGUUUACGCUGCUGGCCGACGAGGCACGCUGGAUUACCUUGAUCCCGAGCUCCGCUGUGAAGUGUUGGGGCACGGCAAUCAAGAGAAUCUGGCGGUCACCGGCCAGACUCUCCGUGCGAAAGCAAUCGAAGACCUCGAGGUCGCCCCUGGAGUUUUCAUCAUUGGUAGCCUGACUGGAGAUUCUCUUGUCAGGUUUUCAUUCGGCGGUUGUGUCUACACCGCCGGACAUCUGAUAACCAGCGAACGGGACAGCCGCAGUGUCUGCGGUAGUUUUGUGUCUUCUGCCAAACUGCAUGGCUCUUCACUUUCUGUGAUGAACGGCAUGGAUGGUCAUCUUAUAUACCCGAACUGCGAUGUCUCAGACUUGACCCGCGAGGACACUUUCAGCAAAAUUUCAACAGUCACUGAUCAACCUGCUGUACGCGGUUGGUGGAAGGCGCUCUCUCGCAUGUGGAAUGAUCUGACACGAUGA